CUACAAAUGUGGAAGGUGCGAAUGGGAUAAGUCAUCUUCUAUCGCCAACGUGUACCAAUAAGCCUCUUUAUAAUAACCGCUUCCAUGGUUACUAUGACGCAGGCAAUCAUCCUGGAAAUCAUAUGCCCCCGAAUGGGCAAGAUUGGCAACAUCAUAGGGGAUAUUAUAACCCAAGUUAUAAUAAUUACUAUUAUGAUGGUAUGAUGCACUAUGGAGGAAUCUAUCCUCAAAUGCCGUAUGCUAACUCGGGGUACCCUGGAUAUGGAUAUCAGGGGAUGCCAGGAUACUGUCCAGCACAGGUGCCACUUUUCCCACCAGAUAACAGAUCAUACGGCUAUAACCCAUCAGCUGGAUCCGCUGAUGUAGAGUAUGGCUACGGUAGUACUGCAUUAACUAAUGGUGGAGCACACAUGUGGCAAUCCACUAGACAAUACCAACAUCAACAUGCUGCACCGUAUCCCGAAAUAAGUGGUAACAAACAACAACACCAUCAAAAGAAUACACAAUAUAAUAAAAGUGUACCUGGUGGUGUAUAUGGAAGCGAACUUCUGCAAACUUAUGUGAGUGAGUCUACAAUAUCAAAGAGAGAAGAACGCACUACAGUGGUAAAAAACUAUUUUGCAGCAUUUCAACAUUACAAGGAUAUAAUUUGGAUGAACGAUCAUACCCCGGAUGAAGAAUGGCCUGGUACUGAUAAGCUUAAACACGGAGAGCCUUUCUUUGCAGUAAUUCAACAUUGGAUGACGCCAAUACACGCAGUGGUACUAUCAGUAGACAAAAUGGUGGAGUGCUGCAUGGUAUCAGAUGGCGCACCUCCAGAAAUCAGUGUACCUACGAUGAGAACCCAUUUUAAACCCGAACGUAUCGUACAAGUUAAGUUAAAAUGGCCACAAGAGUUUGACGAUAAAGGAAGGCCAAUUGUGGAACUAUAUCAUCAAAGGGAGAAUAAUACAUACGUAUACCAUGAAAACGAUACAGCUUGGGGGAUGCCAUUAAUGAUAUAUAGGAAUCAAGCUAUAUUGAGUCUAGACAAAAGUGACGAUGUUGCGCUACUGUACUUCUGCGAGUUGUGCACAGCUAUGCUGGAUAACAAAAUGUAUACGUUUAAAGACUUCCUUGAAAAAGGUGAACGAAUUCAGUUGCAUUUAACAAGACAACCCAUUUUGCCAUAUCACUUUACAUACCGUUCGUGCGUUCCAUGGAAUUCAACAAAACGCCUUGAAUGGGCAAAUAAAUUCCCCGAGAUCAAAAAAUUGGUCGCACCAUGUGAAUAUGACAAAGAAUUUGUGAUGAACGCAUAUAAUUACCAAAAUAAAGGUGGAUAUGGAUUUAAUGACCAUUAUUCACAACCAAUAUUCCAGCGUCCUGAAAAUGAUGCAGAUGAAGCGUUGUAUUCAAUCUUGCCAACAGCCACUUCACCAUUGACCAUUGGCGAGUUCACCAAGCGUAUAGGUGGGAAGCUUAAGGACGUUUUAAGGUUUUUAAUACUUCAAGCAGAAGCGCCUAUCGAUGCUAAUGCACAAUUAUCGGUAAACCUGGCAAAAAGCAUUUAUAAUUUUGUUGCUGAACGUACGGAGUUUAACGAUAUUGACAAACAUGUGCAGCAAAAGGAGCUAGAAGAACUCAAGGGGAAAUGUGAAGUCAUAUGUCUUGAAAGACCACCAGUAGUUGUAUUGAUGGGCCACAUUAACCAUGGGAAAACUGCGCUGUUCGAUAUGUUAACAGGAACUAAUAACAUCCAAGAUGAACCCGGACAAAUAACACAGACUGUUCGGUCUUUUACAACAACGGACAAGUGUCCAAUGACGGUUAUUGAUACUCCAGGCCACGAAGUAUUCGAUGCGAUGCGUCGCUGCGGCGCAACUAUCGCAGAUAUCGCAUUAAUAGUGAUAGAUUCCAUAGAAGGGCUAAAAGAACAGACCAUUGAAUGCAUUAAACUAUGCAAGUCACUAUCAAUACCUUUCAUCAUUGCCGCAACGAAAUGUGACCUGCCAAAUGCUUACGACAAAACAGAAGAGUUGGCAAUGAGGUUGACUGAAGAAGGUGUAAUUAUAGAAAAUUUGGGUGGUGAUACCCAAUUCGUACAGGUAUCAUCAAAACAAGAUACCGACACAAGCAAAGAAGCCAUUCUAAAUGCUAUCAUGCUACAAUCAGCAGCCACUGAUGAACGCGUGGUUGUUGAUUCACCUGGUGUGGUCGGCAGAGGAUUUGUACUUGAAGCAGGGAAAGGCCAAAGAGCAUCGCCAUAUUGCCUGGCAAUAAUAAAACAAGGCUCCCUGACCAAAGGAAGCUGCUUUGUAUCCGGAAAGGCGAUUGCGAAAAUCAAGACGCUGAAAACACCAGAUGGGAAACGUGUUACAGUAGCCAAACCAUCGCAAGCUGUGUUUGUGGAUGGAUUUCAAGAUGAUAUAUUACCAUGUCCAGGGGACCCCUUCGUUAUAUAUGAAAAUGAAAAUUACGCUAAGAUGAUAUGUGAUCAACAGGUGCAGGAGGAGCUCGAUAUAAAAGAGGCACACGAAUUGCAACGGCAAAUUACGGAAGGCCUUAACGUACUACAUGAACAACCUAUAAAGGAAUCUGGAAUUAAAUAUAUACCAGUGGUGAUAAAAGGUGGUACGCAGGGAGCUCUAAAUGCGGUUAAACGGUCAAUUUCUAUGAUGAAGGUAGAAGGUAUGAGAACUAUUGCUAUGUACGAUAUUGUAUCCGGCACAGUAGGUCCUAUUUACAAAACGGACGUUAUCGACGCCCAUGAUGCCAAUGCGAUAAUCCUUGGACUGGACAGCCUAAUGAAAGCUGAUGCCAAGACGGAGGCUAAAAAACUAGGUGUCACAGUUGUCAAUAGCGAUGUCAUCUACGAACUGAUGGACAAAGCUUUGGAACUGUUACGCAAUAAACUUGGUGACCAACUGCUAACUGAUUUAUAUGGCAGAGCACGUGUACUAAAGGUGUUUGAUGCAGUGCGCAAGACAAAAGCUGCAGGGUGUGUAGUCAUUAACGGACGCAUACCGAAAGACAGUGCCAUUCGCGUUGUUAGAAACGGCAAGCCAGUAUUCGCCGGAAAGCUUUCUUCACUGCGCCACACUACAAAUAGUGUUGAAGAAGCGAUGGAAUCCCAAUCGUGUGGUAUGAUCUUCGAUGGUUGGAAUGACGUCCAGGUCAAUGACAUCGUAGAGGCAUACGUGCCAUAGAUCCCUCACACACUGGUACACAUAAACUUUAAUUAAUUUU